GAAGUAAUACAUGCCACAAAAUGGCUGCGUUGGCUACGAAGUGAACAAGAAAGCCACCUGAACUUGAUGCAAGAAAAGACUUACUACUAUCCAUCUGAUGGUAGUGCCACUGUUUUCAUCGGUAUAUCUGUAGUCAUGACUAGCACGCUGGAUUUCAGGACCCAUGUUGACCAGUCAUGCAGAUAUUCAGAGGAAUUUGUUAACAUUUACUACGACUGCAUGGACAAGAAAAGAAGGAACUUGACCCGACUCUACCUGGACAAGGCAACGUUGGUGUGGAACGGCAAUGCAGUGUCAGGACAGGACUCUCUGGGAGAGUUUUUUGAGUCGCUGCCAUCAAGCGAGUUCCAAGUUCACACACUGGACUGUCAGCCAGUUCACGAACAAGCAACCCAAGGCCAGACUACACUGCUUGUGGUGACUGGUGGUACAGUCAAGUUUGAAGGGAACAAACCGCGUUUCUUCAACCAGAAUUUCCUUUUAACAGCUCAGGCUUCACCCAACAAUGACCAGCCUGUUUGGAAGAUCGCUAGUGACUGUUUCCGAUUUCAAGACUGGAACAACUGAGGCUCUCCUCCUUUAUGCUAAUGUUGAAAAAUUAGCAUGGUUUAUUUCUAUGAUUUUGUAAUAAAAUAAAAAAAAAUACACAACACUGA